AUGGAGUUUGGAUCUGGCCUAGACAAGGUUUUGAAACAAGAAGUCGCAGUCAUUUAUGGAAACAGAGUCAGAGAAUUACAUGCGCUUGAGCACAAUCAGAAUGUAACAGAAGCUGACUCGUUCAAAAGUUUAGCUAGUCUUUUGGAUUUACUAGGUGAACGUUCGGCAAAAGCUCAAACGUUACCUGGACCUGUGACGUCCUAUACGAAGUUCAGGGAUUCGAACCAGACAAUUUUUUUAUUAUCUGAUAUUCCUUCAAAAAAAAUUUUAGGUUUCUUAAAAACAGGCAGGAAGCGUCUUUUUGUGCAUGACAAAAGAGGCGUUUGUGUCGAAUGCGUGCCUCUAUGUGUUUUGGAUUUCUACGUACAUGAAGCACAUCAGAGGAAAGGUUGUGGAAAAAAGUUAUUUGACUUUAUGCUUAAAUAUGAAAAUAUUAAUCCUUCUUGUUUGGCUAUUGAUUUUCCUUCGAAAAAAAUGUUACAAUUUUUACAUAAACAUUAUCAAUUAAAAAAUCCAAUUUUUUCAUCAAAUAAUUUUGUUGUUUAUUCAAAAUUUUUCGAUCAAAUUUUUUAUGAUACAUUGGACAUUGAAAAACAUUCUACUAUUCCAUGUGAAUUAUCAUCUAUUAUUCAAAUUUGGGAUACAGAAGGUUUAAUUCAUAAAAGAAAGAUGAAUCCUAUUGUCAAUCAUUCUUAUCAUAAACCUAAUAAUAAUAAUAAUCACUAUGGCAACACAAUAACCAUGGAUGAACAAUCAAAGUUAAAUGAUCAAACUCAUAUUCAUAAUAAAACAUUAACUAAUCAACAAGUGAAUCAAUUACAUAGAACUAUCAAUGAUGAAAUACCUAUACCUAUGACAGAUAUGAAGUUAUGUAAUAAUAGUAAUAAUAAUAAUAAUAAUAAUACAUUAACAAGUGUUUAUGAUGUAUCUAAAAUAGAUGAUGGAAAUGUUAAACUAAAACAACAUCUUAAUGAGUCAAAACUUAUGGAUCAGCAUCAUAAUGGAGUGAAGACAUUUGGACUAUUACAUAAUGCAUAUGAUAAUGUUAAUAGAUCUACAACACAAAAGAAAUCGACUAGUUCCAUUAUGACCACCAAUUCAGAAAGGUUUAAUUAUCGUUCAUUCGAAUUAAAAAAUCGUUCUAAACAAACUUACUCUUAUAUAAAUGCUGUACGUAAUCAUAAUUGUCAUACAAGAUUGUGGUAA